UUUGCAAGUUGCAGUCUGGAAUUUUGGCCCCCAUUUCAAGUCACUUUUCAUGAUCUUUCUGGGGACUCCUUCCUGCUCCUUCGUCGCCAGGGCCUGCUUGUUCUCUUCCUCGUCUCCACCUUGGAGGUUUCCAGCGUUUGCAGGCCAAAGCCAAAGUACAAGCAGGGCCAAGGGCCCUGUCGCUGGCAGUAUUUCUUUUGCGCAUGGUCGACGAGACCAGUCGUCUCCGCCGGAGACACACAAACUGUGAGGAGUGACUGGAUAGCAAGAGGCAGCCAUGUUGAUUCACGUGGCUCAGAAUGGCAAGAAGUUUGAACUGGACUGCCAGGCCAGCACUAGCGUGGAUGUCGUCCAAAAGGCGCUGGCCACCCUCAUGGGCGUGCCCCCCGCCGAGCAGAUGCUCAUCUGCCGCGACCUGCGCCUGGAGCCUUCCCGCACGCUCGGCCACUACGGCCUCCCCGCCGAAGACAAGCACGUGUUCCUCUUCAACCGGUCCAGUCUAGUCGCUGAUGCUCCAAUUCCAGAGGCAGACCUAGUCGACGAUGUCGAGCUGGAGCUUCCUGGGGAACCAUCUAGGCUGGAGAUUGGCCACCCCCUAGAUGAGAGUCCAAACCCGCUCCUGCGGGCGCUGCCCUCGUACGAGCGGCAGUUUCGGUAUCACUAUCAGAAGGCGCAGGCGAUUUGGCGGGGGAGCCAGCAGCGGUAUGACUUGUGCAGGCAGCUGUUUGCUGAGAUGGAGGUGCAGGCCAUGGCUAUCCAGACAGCACGCGGCAACAUGGACAUUUACUACAGCCAUAUGAAGCAGAGAUAUGAUGAAUUUACCCGCUCCUGCCAAGAGCAACACCGGAAGCACUCUGACAUUCUCGGCAACUUUGAGCGGGACAUGGAGCGCCUUCGCAACACGGAGCUGCACCCGGUCCUCAAGACAGAAAGUCGCAGCACCUUGCUGGACUGUCUGAACGACCAGGGCAUCCGAAAGUGGGCUGACGACUGCGCAACCUCGCAUACCCACUUCGAGGCCAAGGUCGGCGAGUUGCGGGCUCAAUUCACGGGCCUGCAAAGGAACGUAGAGGACCUCAAGAUGACGGAACCAGAUGUCGAUUUGGAGCACAUUGAAGACCAGAUGGACGAGCACCAGGCGGCGGUGGACGAGCAAGCGAGCAUUCUGCAGUCGCUCAGCAAGGACCUGAACACCGUCAAAAAGCUGGUCGAAGACUGCGUCAGCGGGCAGCUCACCUCGUCCCUUCGCCCCCUCGACGCGGUUGCGGCCCUCGACCCGAUGAGCGAGGUCCACAUCAACAACCACUUACCCACCGUGGAACACUGUGAUGCGCGCCUCUCGGGGCUCGUGCAACACAUGAAUAAGUGCAAGGUCGCGAUGACGCGCUGCGUGCAUACGCAGCUGCAGAGCGUGGCGGCCCUCCAGCGGCGGAUCCGCGACAUGCGGAACCAGCUGGUGGGCUACCGGGAGGCGAUGCAGAGACAGGAGGAGGUGUUCGCCGAGCUGCUCCUUGUGCGAAAGGUCGCGUCCAGCUACCGCGCGUGCCUUGCUGAGGUCGUCCGGCGCAAGGCCUAUGCUGAGUUGUACACGCGCAAGGCCGGCCAGCUGGCAGAGCGCAUGGCGCGAGAUCGCGAUGCUGAGGUGGCGCGCCGGGAGGAGUUCAUGCGGCAGCAGGGCCUUUUACCACGGGAGAUCCUAGAGGGGAUGGGCCUCUCGGGAGUGCCCAGCCAGUGCGAGGUGAACGUGCCCACCUUCGAUUCUUCGCUGCUCGACAUCGACGUUGCGGACUUGCAAAACUUGGCGCAGAUCGGGGGGGUGCCGGAGGAGCGGCCGAAGAGCCGGCUGGGGGGGGGGUCGAGACAGCUGUCGGCGAGCAUGAGCGGGAGCGGGGCGAUGAUUACGAGUACGAUGGUGGGGUCGCAGAAGGCGGGGGCGUUCGAGGGCGGGGGUGACGUCAGCAUCAUGACGGGGGUGGAGAGGAGAGAGACGUCAGUUGAAGGGGGGGUGGCGGGCGGUGGCUACGACAUGGAAGUGGAGAACGCGUGGUUGCGGUCUGAGUAUGCAGCCGCAGUCGCGAUGCUGUGCACUUUGGAAGAAGAGGAGGAGGCUGGGGGGGAGGAAUCGGCAGAGCCCGCCCCCCCUCGGAGGAGGGAGGCGGCGCAGCGGGUGAGCGAGGCGCUGCGCCGGAAGGACGAGCACGCGCAGUUCCUGCAGGAGUCGCUGGCGAGGCAGAAGCAACAACUAGAGGCGUAUGAGCAGCGGAUCCGGGAGGUCGAGGCGCAGCUGUCGGAGCAGCAUAAGAAGUCGCACCAGGCGCUGGGUGAGGCGUCUGGUACUGCAGAGGGGGGGUCGGUCGUCACUGCGGAGAAGGGGGGGGACAUGGGCGGCGAGGAUGUGACGAGUCUUGAGAAGAGCAACCCCUCGGAAAGGGUGGAAGAGGCGCGGCCGGCGGGAUUGGAUCAAACGAUGGUAGAUGCGACGCUAGGCGAGACGCGAAUGCUGGAGAGCGGGAUGGGCAGCGUUGUGAGGGACAUGGAGGAAGGGGGGGUGAGUGCGUCGCAAGAAGGGGGCGGGGCAAGCGGGCGGGUGGAAGAGGCUGGCGGGAAGCGGACGGAGCCGAAGGAUGAGGCUGACACCGCCCGCCAUAAAGCAAGCGGAGCCGACGUGGCGCAUGACGUCACCCUGCGUCGGGAGCUCCACCAGCUGCAGGAGGCGCUGUCGCACCGGACGGCGGCGUGCGUGGACGCGGAGGGGCGCGUGCAGGCGCUAACGGCGGAGGUGGCGGACCUGAACACGCAACUGAAGCGGAACGCAGACCUGCUGAGCGAGUGCCAGGUGAACUGCGCCCACCUGGAGAACCACCUGCACGAGGCCCGCGAGACGGCGCAGACCAACCUAGUCACCGCCGAGCGGCGCGGGAAGGAGUACGACUCUCUCCGCGCCAAGAGCGUCCGGAUGCACGGCCUACUGGACCGGCUGAACCGGUGCUUGGCAGCGCCGUCGGACGCUUUUCCGGAGGCGCUGAGCAAUCUGGCGGCGUCGCUCAGCAACGGCGGCCUGGGGCGUGCGGAGGACGAGGAGGUGUUUGUGGGCUCGGUGCGGCAACUGGCUGAGCAGGUCAACCAGCUGGUCCAACAGCGCGGCGACCUCCUGGCCCGCAUCCAGCAUGCGGAGGACGCCAAAGCACGCCUGGUGAAGCAAGUCGAGGUCGCGAGCGAGAAGCUGCGGUCGCUCGCUGUAAAACACGAGCGCGCGGUCCAGAUCGGCAAGGAGAAGAUCUGCUUCACGUCGUUCAACGUGCACGAGCUCGCGGUGUUUUUGCCGAACGGGGUCGGGCACUACGAGGCCGUCAACUGCAACUGCCCGUACUACUUCCUCGCGGAGGAGUCCGUUCUGCUGUUCCGGCACCACCAGCCGGAAUCCGCUCACAAGUACAUCGUGGGGCAGAUCGUGCACAUCGACCACAACGUGACGCGGCCGCCGUCGCCAGAGUCGAUGGCGGGGGGUUUGAUCGAGGGGAAGAACGAGGGGGGGGGAAGGGGGCCGCGGUGGAACCCGUUCGGGCUGCCCCUGGGGACGGACUAUUUCGUUGUGACGGUUGCCAUGGUGCCGGAUCUGACGACGUCACUGCAACGGGUGACGAGCAGUUGAUUUGGGCGGGCGAGUGAGGGCUUCAGGGGUUUGGGCCGUAGUGGAGGGGUUUGGGCGAAUCCUGCGGUGGUGGAGCUUUGGAGCUCGGGAGAAGAUUCUUAGGGCGUUGGCACCCACGGCUGAAUUCCAGCAGUGGGUGGCCGAAGCGGGAUGGACGGAAGCAGGGCUCUUCGUUGGCUUGCCGAGUUCAGUACGGAGGUAGUAGAUGGAUCCGGACGGCUGUGGGCUGGAGCGAGUGGGAAGCGCUGGUUCAUGGAGUGUGUGACGACAAGCUGGGGGGUCGAGCUGAGGAGAGAUGGAGCCUCGUUUGGACGAAGAAGGACCGAUAGUUGCAUACACCGUUUUACCUCGAUUAGGGGCCAAGUGAAGCAGAGCGGGUUUUAUCAGAUAUGAGGAGAUGGGGCAACAUGGAGCACAUGGGAGCAGUGCUGGGAAGAAAAUAGACCAUUCACGUGUAAAUGAGGCAGGUAAAAGCUGUACAUACUCACACUCGUUUACACGGCAAAGGGCAUGCCCGGAGAGAAGGUACAUAGGAGCACAGGGAAUAAGUAGGGCUGGCGCUCGAAAGUGAGGACCUCUAGGAUCAUUACGGCCAUAUGGGGUUUCUUAGUUAUAUUCACAUAUUUGUGUUCAUUAAAAGAGGUUGGUCAAAAGCUGGCUGUGCAGUUAGCGUACUUCUUUGUAUAGCGGGACUUGUUGGGUCGUGAAUAGAGACAUUAGCUAAACCUCUCUGACUGAAAUGAUUUGUACAUACUGCGCCCAUGUGCAAACCAUAGGCUCGGAACCUUCUUUUCGGCACUACACAGAAUCUUGUUUCGUCUCAACUUAGUUUCUGCCCGCUCUUAUUCACAUCCUACAAUUGAAC